UUUUGGAAAUUUGACGAGUCUGUGCUCAAAAUUGCUUCCUCAACUUCUUUCUCAUCGUUUCUUUUGCAGGAAUUGUCGUAAUCAAAGCCGUUGGCAACGAUUGUAAAGAUAUAGGUGAUCCUGUUCGUGGUUAGAAGACAAGAGGAGUGAAAGAAAAUCAAUGGCACUAGAUUCAACAACUGGAAACGAUGGUGCUGUAUUCACCGAAGUCGACAUGGGUUCUUCUGACUCUUCUGCCUCAACUGUUCGAGCCACCAUUGUCCAGGCCUCCACCAUCUUCUAUGAUACUCCUGCUACCCUAGAUAAGGCGGAGAGAUUGUUAGCUGAAGCCGUUUCAUUUGGAUCCCAGUUGGUUGUCUUUCCAGAAGCAUUUGUGGGUGGAUAUCCUCGAGGCUCAAAUUUUGGUGUAAGCAUCGGUAACCGUACACUUAAGGGUAAAGAGGAUUUCCGCAAGUACCAUGCUGCAGCCAUCAAUGUACCUGGUCCUGAAGUUGAUCGAUUGGCAGCAAUGGCUGGAAAAUAUAAGGUGUUUUUGGUGAUGGGAGUUAUAGAGAGAGAUGGAUAUACUCUUUACUGUACAGUUCUUUUUUUCGAUAACCUAGGAUGCUACCUUGGGAAGCACAGGAAGCUCAUGCCAACAGGCUUGGAGCGCAUAAUUUGGGGCUUUGGUGAUGGCUCAACUGUUCCAGUUUUUGAUACCCCAAUCGGGAAAAUUGGUGCUGCCAUUUGUUGGGAGAAUAAAAUGCCGCUACUAAGGACAGCAAUGUAUGCUAAAGGAAUCGAAAUAUAUUGUGCACCAACAGCUGAUUCUAGGGAAGUUUGGCAAGCAUCGAUGACCCACAUUGCGUUGGAGGGUGGAUGCUUUGUUUUAUCAGCAAACCAGUUUUGUCGUAGAAAAGAUUACCCUGCUCCUCCGGAAUAUGUUUUUUCUGGAACGGAAGAAGAUCUCACGCCAGAAUCUGUUGUUUGUGCCGGUGGCAGUGUCAUAAUUUCACCAUCUGGGACGGUUCUUGCAGGACCAAAUUAUGAUGGGGAAGCACUUAUCACAGCUGAUUUAGAUCUUGGAGAAAUUGCACGGGCAAAGUUUGAUUUUGACGUAGUUGGGCAUUAUGCAAGACCCGAAGUGCUUAGCCUGAUGGUGAGGGAUCAUCCAGCAACCCCGGUCUCUUUCACAUCCGAAAAGACAGAAAGCUCUCACAAAUAAGUCUCGAGGGUCCGCAUUCGCUGUUAAAGUUAAACUAUGAUUUCUCAACAUUCUAUAUUUUGCUUGCUAUUCUUGCUUUAUUUGCACCUAUGUUACUGGAGUGCUUAUCGUUGUCCUUGUUGUACAUUGAUAUCCACCUCUUUACCCGUUGGGCUAAAGUUGUGAGACUCCAUCGUUGUACAUUGUAAAUUUACCAAACCACCCUUGGGUUUCGUUGAACAAAUCAAUCGACCUUAUUUUCGGUGGUUUAGUUUGUUUGUUUGGCUGUUUUUUCUUCACAAUGUUCCCUGGGUUGAAAGUGGAAAGACUUUUAGUUUGAACAAAGGUUGAGGAGGGAUC